AUGCCUGAGGACACAAAACCAGAGUGGACUGAGAUUUCGGAUCCAGCAGCACCCAGUAUGACCAUGUCUCAAGGUAAGUUUUUGAACCAUUUUUCAUAUUGAUAUGCAAGCGUUUGGACGUAUGUAUGUGUUUAUAAUUCAGCAAAAACAUCCUAUUAUAAAAAUGUUUUUUCAGAAUUCCCACUUUCAAAUUACAACUCAACCACCUACACUCAGCAGGCAUACAACUUGUACAACCCACAGUACUACCAUCUUCGAAACGGAUUGUAUUUGGGCAAUCCGAGCCUAUACGGUAACAUUUGAAAAAAAAUUUUAAGAAAGUGCCCUGCGGGAGGUCUUGAUUUAGACGCUAAGUGGGGUGAAAUUGCAAUGUAUUUUUCCAGGAUAACUUUGCGGGGACACCCAAAAUUAGCUCGAUCAACAGUAGUAGAGAAUUUCGAAUCCCGACUUUCCGGGUCGACGACUUCGGGUCAACACAUAAUUGUUAUUGUAAAAGACCAAAGUUUGCGGCAAAAACGAACAUCCUUAACUUUUAUCUAGAUAUUAUUGAUGCGAGAACAUGUAAAAUGCCUCAAAAUAGGAGAUAGGCUAUCCUAGGACCCGUUCAAUCUUAUUAUUUCUACAAACAAAGCGUUCUUCGAGAGACACAACGGCGAACCGAUGCGAUCCAUAGUAUCGUUGACCCCAAACUAUUGCUGACACAAAAGUCGUUGCGCCUUUCUUUAGAUUUGAAUUUUUCCAAGAUUCCCUGUUGAGCCAAAACUAGUGUUGAAUUUGAAUUCUAGGAACGUCGUACCCAACAUCAUUCGACUACAAUUACACUGGUUAUGGCAUGCCCUACUUGAACACAUCCACAAGCCGGACCAGCCCCAUCUCCACUAUUCAGCAAAACUACCGAGUAAGGUUGUGUUUUUUGAGCCUCAAGUGUAAAACAAGGACUCUUGCCAAUUUGAUAUUUCAGAGGAAUCUGAUGUCAACAAAUGCCUUUCCGGUUUCGAUGAACUUGAGUCCCAAUUCAACAACUCAACCGUUUGAUCCGACGGUCACUUCAACCACCAACAAAUCCGAGAAAAGCAGUAAGAUUUUUUUAAAUUAUAUAUAUUACUUAUAUUAUAAGUCAGCAGAUAUGUGUUUACAGUGGAAGUAUUCCACUCGCGACGCAUGUAUUUUGGUGAAACUUGGCACAAAUUUAGAAUAAUUUUUGGUUGGAUAUAUGCGAGAUUUACCACGAUUUUAAAAGUUGCCAAAAAUGCGGCCUUUUUAAUGCUUCCAAAAAAAAGAAUUUCUUCGGACAAAACUGCCAAAGACAUCAUCAAAAGAUGGUUUCAAAAAUCAAAAGAUGCAGGCAUUCGAAACGAUAAAAAGCGCAUUCGGUCUCUUCCUUCGGAAGAGAGCGGUGUGGCCGAGUGGCUAGUGCCGUAGUCUGGGAAUCGAGAGGGGGAACGCCGCACGGGUUCGAUUUCCCUUUUGGGCCGAAUCAACUUUUUUUGAAGAUGAAAGUCGGAAAAAUAAAUUUUUGUGCCAAUACUGAUUUAUUACGUCUUAGAAACUCAAUAAACAUCAUUUUAAGUCAAAAUAAAAAUUGUAAACCUGUGAAAAAUUAAGCGAAAAGGGGUUCAUAUAGGACUUUAAGUCAACUUCCGAUUGAGUUUUAACCCCUAAAGACCUAAAAUGGGCAGCUAAGAUUUAUAAUAUAUAUCCUUGAUCACCACAUUUUUUCUGAUUUUUUGAGAUAUGUCCGGUCAAAAAGUAGGAGCCCCCAUAAAAGUACUUUCCUUGUCAAGCAAAACCUGCGCAAAAAAAUUUUUCCAAGUAGAAUUGUAAGAUCGAAUCCAGCAUUGAAAUCGUUACCAUGAAGGCCGACGGUGACAAUGAGAAGUUGAGAACUGUUUUAAAACCCCCAUGUUUUCAGAGACUCGAAAACGGAAGAAGCCCUUAGUUCCGGCGGAAAUCCAGCAAAACUACAAACGAGUGUUCAUCUGGGAGCUCGACGAACUCUGCAACACCCACUUAAUCCCUCCGACCGUUCAAACCCAGCUGACUCACUUAAUCGAACAAUUGCUCAAGGGCUACUUCGACCUGACCAGCUACGAAGCCCAAGAAUACGAUCAUAUAAACAUUGAAGACGGGCCCUUGGAGGAUAUUUUCAACGAGACCGGUUCACUCUACAACAAUUCCACGGACAGCUUCAACAGCAGCGAGGACAAGUCGAGCGAGUUAAGUUCGAGCCAAGUCCAGAGUUCGACCAGUUCGAAUGCAGCGGCGGUCGAUAAUUUGAAAGUGAGGAAGAUUGGAAAUUUCUUGACACGUUUUGUUUUAGAAAAUUGCGCAGAAGCAGCAGAAUAUGAAACGGAUUUAUAAUCAAUAUCGAGCCAAUAUCUCCGGUGAGUUUUGCUUUUAUUGAUGACCAUACUGUGGAAAACUGUAGGCCGGAUUUUUUCGGGAACCUAGCGCAAGUUUACAGGAGAAGUAUAGUGUCCUGAGAAAUCCCGCGAAGAGUUUUACCCAUCUACUUCUUUAUCCUGCAGAAUGAUUUUUUUUCAAUAUCUUAGUUGAGCGCCCAGAAAUCGAUGAACACUUUCCGCAGAUUUUUUUUUUCGGAAUUGAUGACAGGCUUAGGCACUUUUGAGAUCAUCAGGAUUUCCAGUAAAUCUGCCAAUAAGCGCAACGUCUUGGGCCCUUUCAUUCGAAAGAAACCCAUCGAUUUUAUCACUUACAAACACAUUCCAGGCCUAUUAGGAGACGACGCGAAGUUAAUGUUGAGUUGGUUCGAUUCCAUCGAGGCCAUGGACACGCGCAGAUGUUACAAAAAAUGCCUGAAGCUCGCCAUCGAACGGUCCACCCCCUCAACACUCUAUACGAACGUUGUUGUUGGCCGUGAAACGCUGCCUUGCAGUUUGGCGCGGCUCUUGUUGAACAGAGCGGCGGAAUUGGUAGCAGUGGAGAACAUCUACAGCGCCGCGAGGAAUGACAGAGCCGUCGUCCUGGAGAAGGUUAUUCAGAAGUUCAAGAAGGAGCCGAUUGUCAUCAUUACGGCCAAUCCGGAGACUGUUCAGACCGCCAAAGCCGUAAGUUUGUACGUAUAGUGGAGGACCUGAUCCAAUGGCAAAAAACGUACCAUUUUGCAUCCGGGAAGUAUCAAAAAUGUGGCAGAAUGCCUCCCUCUCCAAGUGAAAAAACUCCGAUUUCAAAAGCGCGCCCGCUCUUUUUGUGGGGGAAAGGGCGCGCCUUCAAAACGAAGUUUUUUCACUUGAAGGGGGAGGCAUUUUGCUACAUUUUUUGAUACUUCCCGGAUGCAAAAUGGUACGUUUUUUGCCACUGGAUCAGGUCACCCACUGUAGGCAAAAUCGGACCGCUUUUUUGGCUAGGCAAACCCAUACUUCGUUAGUUCAUUCUAAAAAUCUUCAUUUCAAAGAUAGCGACGUAUGGUUUUAGCUAGCCAAAAAAUUAUUUCAUUUUCCCCAAUUGUCGACGUAUCCAGGCAAGGAAAACGUAAAGAAAAUCUUGGGACAUAUAACAUUUAUUUCCCUUCAAUUUGUACCGUAAACUGAAAAAAAUCUGAAAUUUCAGCUAAACCUGGCAGUUUGGCAGAUCCGCGAUGCCAGUGAUGUGGAAAAGUUUUACGUGGCCAUGGAUCGAGUCCUUUGCUGA